AUGAACAAAAUCCCGAAGUUUUUUGUUAAUAGAAAUCCACGGAAUCUCGAGUUCCUGAAUCUCAAGCCUAGGGAUGGUGGUUGGGGAUUGGAAAGGAACCUGGCGUUGAAAAGUUUCACAUAUAAGUAAGUUUUUUGGUAAGCAUAGCUAUGAACGGUGUAUCGCGGUGUUUCAUGACAGUCUUUUUCGUGGUUGUUUUUUUAGGGUCAUUUUGAAUUCUACGGCACAACAUACAUCCGGUUCUGUAAUCCAUUACGAUAAUGGAGUAGUCCUCUCAGUAUCCACACGUGACCCGGGAAUCAGCAAUCAAUUAUACAGUAAUGUUGACACUUGUGCUGCAUACAACAUUGGCUGUGCAUUGGCGCAGAAGUUGUUGGAUUCGGGGAUUAAAAGCUGUGUGAUGGGUGUCGAAGCGGAAGAAUUGGAGCGAAGUUCACGGGUAAGCCGUGCGUAAUUAGUUUUUCUUAAUUAUUUAUAGAAAAAAGCAUUCUUCGCGGCUUUGGAACAAGCUGGUAUAUCUCUCCAAGAAAAAUCCGUCAUCCCCCACUCAGUUUUGAAUGACCCUCAACUCACGUGGCAACCUUUCUCUGUACAACAUAACCGCCAGGACAAGCUGGAUGAACUGUUCGACUCCCAAUAG